AUGAGCGCGGUCGUAGAAAACGGCGUGGACGCCUCGAAGCCGCGCGGCGGCGGCGGCGGCGGCGGCGGCGUUUUCUCGAGGGCGUUCGCCAAACGCGCGCAGCCCUACGAGGAAGCUCUGAAGACUUUGAAUCGUUUGAACAAGGAAGGCGAGGCGCUUGCCCUUCAAAAUGAUCUCACAACGCACCCCACCUUGGCCUUGAUGCGGCGCAUCCUUGCAGAUGCACAGGCAAAAUUCCGCGUGAUGGUGGAGGAGAACGCAGCGACCGGCGCCCGGCUGGACGGCGAGCUGGAACGCGCUAGGGGCGAGUGCGCCACUCUUCGGGGUGAAUUACGCGACGUUCGUGGCGCUUUGCCGAUCGUACUGAAUAACAACAACGCCGGCAAUGGCGGCUCUAACAGCAACAACAAUUCCGGUACGGCGACCGGCGGCGUUCCCGGCAACGCGAACCCCGGCCAGGAAGCCGAGGCGCAGCAACAGGCGCAACAGGAAGAUGGCAAGCGGCUUAGCGCCGGCAGCAGCCCCGUCGAGAAGAGAAGCUCGGCCAGCGAUAAAUCCGCCAGUCCCAUCGACAAGCGGUCCAGCCCGGUGGAAAGGAAAGAUAGAACCAGCCCCGUCGAUCGGCGAGCCAGUCCCGUAGAACGAAGAAAUGGCUCGCCCUGCCGAAGCCCAAGCGAGAAAGCUCGCCGACCGUACGCCCCGGCUUUGGAGAAGACGCGGCUGGGCGGAUCCGGGGGCAGUGUGGAUUCUCGAUCGGGCAGCGCCAGCCCGGAUCGGGGAUCGACGAACCGGAGCGGCUUUCUGCAUCGCGGUGGCAGCGACCGUUCUAGCGCGGAGCGGCUUCGGAUAUCGGCUAACCGCGACUCCCUGCGAUCCAGUAAAGAGAUGAAUGACCACGACCAGAAGGACGCCGAUAAGGAUUUAGUGGACGGCGAUGCGCGAGGCGACGAGGACAAUGAACCCCCCGGACCGGCACCAGGCAGCAGACCGUCAUCCCCUGUUAAUGCCCUCGCAAUCGGCGAUCCAGUGGUGGCGUCUAGACUGUCCAACAUUCACGGCGGCGGCGGCGGACACGCGGAACUAGCCAGCGCCAGGAGAUUGCGACUGGAGAACGAACGGCUGGUGGCUGAAGUCGCGAGAUUGAGGAGGUUGUUGCUGAGCGGCGCGGCGCGUGGCGAGGUUGGCGCCGAGGACGCCGCGAUGGAGGAAGAGGCGCGCUUUGUCGCCCUGGAAAUGGAAUUGCAGCACGCGAAGGAGGCACUCCAGGCGUUGAAGACCGAUCGGAAGCGGCUCAAAGCGGAGAAGUUCGAUCUUCUCAAUCAGAUGAAGGCGCUUUACGGCACCCUCGAGGACAAAGAGCGCGAACUCCGCGAUUUUAUCCGAAAUUACGAACAGCGGAUGCGGGAGAACGAGGCGACCCUGGGACGUCUUCAGCAGCAAGGAGCCGGCAUGCCUUCGGAGGAACGCGAACGGGAGCGGGAGAGGGAACGCUGGAGUCUUCUAAGGGCGGCGAGGGACGAGGCCGAUCGAAGCCUGAGCCUCGCGGCUAGUUUGGCCGACAAAGAAGCCGCCCUUUCGCACGCACACGCGACCAUAAAAGAGCUGCAACGUCAGCUGGGGGAACGCGGCGGCGGCGGUGGCGGGAUCUGCCUGAGCGAUCAAGAGUCCCUGGUGUCGUUUCCGCGGGGCAGCGUGAACGGCGCCGCGACACCCGGAGCCGGCAGCAGCAGCGGCGGCGGCGGCGGUGGCGGCGGUGGCGGCGGCCUCAUCCCCCACGUGAACUCCCAGCCGCCCUUGGGCACCACCGAGCUCGGCAUGUCCGUGGGUAACAUGGGUGGCGGCCCGGGUGCGGGAGGCUCCUCCGGCGGCCAGGCCGGCGAUCGCGGUAGCUGCAGCGCGGACAGCGGCGUUCGCGGGUCCAGCGAUCGCGAGAGCGGCGGGGCGACCAGCGUCGGCGGAAAUCUCUCGGAUUCCACGACGGACGGCACGCCGACAAUUACGGUCGAGGGCAGCGGUCUCGACAUGGACAGCAUCUCCGUGGUAUCCUCCGUAGCACCACCCCACAUAUACCAAUCCGCGACCACACCGAAAGACUGCAGCCCCACGCUGUCGCCGCUGAACGCGUUUUCAAGGUCCAUGGACAAUUCCUCGUUAUCGCGAUCGGUCGAGCAGCUAUCCAGCCCGCUGGAAUCCGAGCCGAGGAGGAACAAGCAGCCACCACCUGUCGUCGCACCUGCCGCGCAUUCGCGAUCGUCCGCCACUCGUGGCGGCACAUGGGGAUCCAUUUCAAGAGUGUUCGCCCGUUCGCGACAUCGGAAGACGGCAAACAGUUCCAGCGGUGGCAGCGGCGGCAACGAGGGCUCAGACGGCUUUGAUCCAUUUCGAUCGUGGUCGCCGCUCACCGAGGAGGGUUACGCCGAGAAACUUCGUUUGCUCCGAGAGGCAGCCUCCGUGCCCAUGGAGCGAUGGCGAGCCCCGACCGUUUUAGCCUGGUUAGAGGUGGCUCUCGGGAUGCCGCAAUAUGGUCCACGAUGUGCUGAAAAUGUCAAAUCGGGCAAGGUUCUGCUUGAACUGAGUGACGCCGAACUGGAGGCCGGUUUAGGCGUAACUCAUCCACUUCACCGGAAGAAGCUGCGUUUGGCCAUCGAGGAACAUCGACACCCGAGUCACGUUCGAUAUCCCUGUAUCGCUCAGCUCGGUCACACCUGGGUAAGCUCCGAGUGGCUGCCGGAUCUCGGCCUGGCCCAGUAUUCGGAGAGUUUCGCCACCAAUAUGGUAGACGCGCGUAUGCUCGACCAUCUAAGCAAGAAGGAGCUUGAGAAGCUGCUCGGAGUCACGAGGAAGUUUCAUCAGGCCAGCAUCGUUCACGGUAUUCACCUGCUGCGGAUGCUGAACUACGAUCGACAGGCCCUAGCUGUCAGGAGACAUCAAUGCGAGCAAGUUGACACAGAUCCUUUGGUCUGGACGAAUCAAAGGUUCAUUCGGUGGGCGAGGAAUAUCGAUCUCACGGAAUACGCCGAGAACUUGAAAGACUCGGGCGUGCACGGUGCUCUGGUUGUAUUGGAGCCGUCGUUCACCGGCGACACCAUGGCCACCGCCUUGGGUAUACCGCCGGCGAAGCAUAUGAUUAGACGACACCUCACCGCCGAAUUAGAAGCGCUCGUUCUACCAGCAAGAAGUCAGCUGGAGGUGGUCCCGAGGAACAGCAUCGGCGGGGGUGGCCGUCCGAUGAGCACCGCGAGCGCGGGCGGUAGUCUCGGUCGUGGAAGCAGGGCGCUGCAUCUACAGCAUCACCAGAGCUCGCUGUCGGCCCUCCACAUGACGGCGAACCACACCGGCACCGUCGACAGGCGCAGAUCCAGCCUCAGGACCUGCAGUCUUCUUUACUUGAAAAAGUUGUCGUGGAGGAGCUCACAGGGAUCCCUGAGCAGGGCGUUCGGUCUCCGGCCUAGAAGCGAGAAGGCGUCACCGUCGUCGUCCUCGGACACCGGGAGCCUCGCCAGCCAAUACAUGAGCAGCAGCGUUCGCAGCAACUCGCCGCCGCCGCCGCAGCUCCCGCCGCGGCCGAUGUCGACCGGUAGCGGUAAGCGGCAUCGGCGGGUGAAAAGCAUCGGCGACAUCGAGUACAUAAGCUCCGCCGCGGUCAGCACCCCGGUCUGACAGGAGGGUAGGCCCCAUCAUUCGGGGCCUUACCGCAGCCUGAGCGAACGCGGUUACUCCUCCUCCUCGUACUCGUCGUCCCAGUACGGCUCGUACUCGGGCUACAGCAACGUCCUGACGACCGGCGGCGAUCAGUACCAGCCGUACCAGCAGCAGUCCGGCGGCAAUUACUAUCAGCAGCUGCAGGGCGGCUACUACUCGCCGCAGAGCUCCGGGCCGCCCUUCCCGGGUGUGCAGAGAUACGGCAGCCUGGCCGAGGAGGCAUGGUCGUCGUGCUCCACCAAGGGAGACGGCCCGGCGGGAAUCUCGAAGGCUAAUCCCAGGACUUACUUAGCUUAGCUUUUUGCCGCAACGUUGAGGGCUUGUUGAGCGAACGUUCUUUCGAGAGCAACACCACCGUGUGCCGCACGACGGUGCGCAUGCUGUAGUAUCCUCGGAAGGAGAAUGUGCUGCAUCCCCGUGGUUUUAGAGAUCUCCCGACUGUAUCUUUUACCUCCCUCGUUGCACGCGAAUCCUAAACGAUAAUUCAGUGAACAGUUUAUGCCGAGAGAAAAUUGCAGGAAUAUCAUGUUGCUUCUCGGAUGUUAAUCAGUGCGAUUUGGCAUAUUUUGUAUGUGGCUCGCUGUAUCAGACGCUGUACCUACGUUGAUUCAAUGAGAUAAUUAUCAACAAGCUACUAAGAAUGUAUCGCUAAAUCUAUAAGAUCCUGAGCUUCUGACAUUUCAUGUUUUGACGUAAGAAUUUUAUCGACGAUAACCUGAUCGAAUUUACAAUUAAUGAGGCGGAUUUUGAUAAGGGGAAUCGAUACGCGAUUCUGAUAAUCCCCGGAUAAUCAUUAUCGUUACAGUAAGCCGAGAGAUGAUUAUGCAAACUUGUUACGUAAUAGACAAUACGUUAGCUGGACAGUGGACUAUGAAAAUACGAACAGUUUCGGGCACUUUGCGCGAUUAUUAUCUAAAGUUCUAAUGAGACCGAGUAAACGUUGAUGUCAGUUAUCUCAGAGUUAUUCUCAAUUACAAAGUAAAUUACACGUCGUACAAAUACUAGACAGCAUAUCGUGAUGUUAAGAGGCAUAAAAAGAGUCUGACCAAAUUUUAUGAACACAUCGAGCUACUACCGAUAUAUACAUAUAUUAUAUCUGAAGGAAAUAAAUAAGAUAUAAAAGAUUAUAAUUAUUGAUCACAGAUAAGAUAUAAUAAAUAAGCGAAUUAAUAAUGAAAAUUUUUCAGUUCAAUUGAUGUGUAUA